GUUUUGGUUAGUGUUGGCUAAUGACUUUGUAAUCGAAUUUUUUAUUAAAAUUUAUAGAUAUAUAAAUUAAUAGGCCCGUUUAUCGUGUCGUGUUACGAAUUGUGUGCUCGUGACGUGUUAAAACGACUAAAUAAAUGCUUUUCUUACAAUUUUUCAAAGAGUUGUUUCAAAAGUUCUAUUGUUUUUGAUUGUGAUUUGUAUUGUGUGAAACACUUAAGAUGGGAUUUUGUACUACAACAAACGACCCGAAUAAAAUAAUUAUUCAUGAAUAACAACGGAGCUGGUACAUAGAAAACUUUACUAUUCAAAUAUUACAAACUAUUCCACUGUUCAAUUCAAGGCCGUAACGCGAGGAAUAUCGACAAUGGGAAUGAAAAUUAUAACACGUAUUUGUUUCCGUUAAAAGUUUAUCUUAAUGCCUUUGUUGUAUUACAUCUGCUGUGAUGUAAUUUGAGAUAAUUAACAUUGCAUUAAUUGUGUGUUAAACAAGUUAUUGAAUAAUUACUUAAUGAAUUAUUGCACUUAAUUUUAUAAACAUUAAACAUACUCAUAAUUCAUCAUUAAUAUUAUGACAGCUAUGAGAUUGUAGUUCAAUAUGAAUUAUACAAUACACACAUUACAAAGAUGACCAAGAGUAAUUAAGUUUGAAUGAUUUAACACAAAGCACAUGGUCUGGUAGAUACAUAUUUAAUGUUUUGAGAAGAUAACUGAGGAAAGGUUUUUACAAUGAUUGGUUCAGAUGAAGAAACCCAACCUCUCAUAGAGUAUAGCUCUAUUCCAAGCAGAGAGAACUUAGAUGAUGUGAUUUCAAUAAAUAUAAAUACAGAUCCAGAUUUUGAUCAGAUGGUGUAUGGCUACCGCAAGUGUCGAUGGCGGGUUAUACUGACAUAUAUUCUAUCUAUAUUGACAUGCGGCAUACCCUUCCUGGUCUUCCACUGGUGUCCCAGAUUUCUACUAUAUGUCACCUCAAUUAGAUGUUGUUUCCAAUUAGCAGACCAGGUUUUAGUUAUUGAAACUUAUCAAAAAAAAUGCAAGAGUUACUACAUUCACAAGAUAAUAGAUAAACAUAUUGCAGAUGCAAGUGGACUAUUGAAUGAAGGGUUUGAAGACGAGUUUGGAGGUGAGAAGGGACCUAUAGAUAGUGCAGAUGAUUUGUACACUCCUUUGCAUUUAGAUGAUGGGACCAAAUUGAACGUGCAACAAUUUCGCCUGUUCCGGCACAAGAAACAGUACCUGAUAUGGGACACGGCGCGCGCGCGUUGGAUACGCUUGGCGGGCGUGGAGCGAGGCGCUACUUGCGCGCAGUUGCAUGCGUUGGCUGCUAGACCGCCUUGCUCCGAACGGAGACUGAGAAUACUGAACAUUUAUGGUCUGAACGAGAUCAAAGUGCCAGUGCAGACAAUCAUGACCCUCAUCCUGUUGGAAGUGUUCAAUCCGUUCUACAUGUUCCAAAUCUUCACCAUCGCUGUAUGGAUCGCCGAACGCUAUUACUACUACUGUAUAGCCAUAGUGCUCAUGUCGACGUUUGGUGUUGCCACCUCCGUCAUACAAACUAAAAAGAAUCAAGAGAGUCUCCGAGCGACAGUGGAGGCGUACGCCACGGUGGAGCUCUGGGGCGGGCGCAGGGUGGACAGCCGGGCGCUGUGUCCAGGGGACGUGCUGGUGCUGCCCGCGCACGGCUGCACUAUGCUGUGCGACGCGGCGUUGCUCACUGGCUCCGCUAUAGUGAACGAGAGUAUGCUCACAGGUGAGUCAGUGCCAGUGACGAAGACAGCACUGCAACGCGUGGACAAAGAGUUCAAUCUAAAAGAGCACAGCUCCAGCGUGCUGUUCUGUGGCACGAAGGUCAUCCAGACUCGCUACUACAGCAACGAACCUGUUAAGGCCGUGGUCCUCCGUACAGGCUACAACACGUGCAAGGGUGAGCUGGUCCGCAGCAUCCUGUACCCGGUGCCCGCUGACUUCAAGUUCGACCGCGACUCCUACAAGUUCAUAUUCAUCCUCGCCUGCAUCGCGCUCGUCGGAUUGGGAUACACCGUCGCCUUGAAGGCAGCUAGAUCUCUAACAGCCGGUGACAUAGUACUGAAGGCGCUAGACAUUAUAACUAUAGUGGUGCCCCCGGCGCUGCCCGCCGCCAUGACGGUCGGCAAACUGUACGCCGUGUCGCGACUGAAGCAGGCGCGGAUAUCCUGCCUCAACACUAGAGCCGUCAAUGUUAGCGGCUCCCUCGAUUGUAUAUGUUUUGAUAAGACAGGCACUCUCACAGAAGACGGUCUUGAUAUGUGGGGGGUUGUAGCUGUUAGCAGUGCGGUGGCCCCCCCAAUACUGGGCCGGCCUCAGAGGGACCCCCGCCAGAUGAAUGACCUCCACGAUCUGAAGAUUGGCAUGGCUUGCUGUCACAGCCUAACGUUGCUUAACGGAGAAUUAGCUGGCGAUCCCUUGGAUUUGAAGAUGUUCGAGUCGACGGGCUGGAGACUGGAGGAGCCCGAAGUACCGGAGCGAGAUCACUACGAGAUGCUCACGCCGACGGUUGUGAGGCCGAAGCGACCUGCCAACAUUAACGUCGAUGACAUGCAUAUGCCAUUGGAGGUGGGCAUAGUGUCGCAGUACCAGUUCGUAUCAACGCUGCAGCGCUCGUCGGUGGCGGUGCGGUUAUUGGGCGAAGAUGUAGUGCGGGUGUACUGCAAGGGAGCACCCGAGAUGUUGCGCACGCUCUGCAGACCCGACACAGUGCCAACAAAUCUGAACGAGGUGCUAAGUUCGUACGCAGAGAAGGGCUAUCGAGUGAUCGCGAUGUCGACGCGAAUCAUGGAGGUCACCUUCAAGCAGCUGCAGAAGAUGAAACGGGAAGACGUGGAAUGCGACUUGGAGUUCCUGGGGCUGGUGAUAAUGGAGAAUCGUCUCAAAGCCGCCACCACCGGCAUCAUCCAGGAGCUGAAGGAGGCAAAUAUCCACGUCGUCAUGAUCACUGGUGACAAUAUCCACACGGCGGUGAGCGUGGCCAAGGAGUGCGGCAUCCUCACGAGCGGCGAGCGAGUGGUGCACCUGAACGUGGAGCACGGCACCGGCCUGCCGCAUCUCUACUGCGAGAGCACUGUGCAUGGGGUGGGUGUCGGCGGACGCGUGUCGUUCGAGCGCUCGUGGCGCAGCGUGGACAGCGGGCACGGCUCGUGGCGCUCGGCCGACGCGCGCGCCGACGCGGAGAGCGCGCCCGACGAGCCGCGGUACAAGAUCGUCAUGACCGGGGACACGUGGAAGGCACUUCGCGAACAAUACCCAAACGCAGUGGGUCGGGUGAUCGAGCGCGGCGCGGUGUUCGCGCGCAUGUCGCCCGACCAGAAGCAGCAGCUGGUGCUGGACUAUCAGGCGCUGGGAUACUACGUCGGCAUGUGCGGUGACGGUGCGAACGACUGCGGCGCGUUAAGGGCGGCCCACACUGGCAUAUCGCUGUCAGAACUUGAGAGCAGUGUGGCUGCGCCCUUUACUUCCGCGCAACCCGACAUCGUCUGCGUCGCCAGGGUCCUACGCGAAGGCCGCGCCGCCCUGUCCACCAGCUUCGGCGUCUUCAAGUUCAUGAUCGCCUACUCCCUCACAGAAUUCUUCUCCGUGGCCUUCCUUUAUUACUUCGACGCGAAUCUCACAGACUUCGAGUUCUUAUACAUUGAUGUAGCUUUAAUUGUUAACUUUGCAUUCUUCUUUGGCAUGACCCAAGCGCAUACAGGUAAACUGUGUAAGAUACCCCCUUUGACUUCUUUAUUGGGUAUUGUGCCUUUGGUGUCUAUUGGUGGGCAGAUGGUCUUGUUUGCUAUUGCACAGUAUUUGGCCUAUUUGGCCUUGUCUUACUUCCCCUGGUAUGUCAGACAUACGUACGCAGGUGCUGAGGCUAAUAUGUGUUGGGAGAAUUACGCCAUUUUUGCGACAUCCAUGUUUCAGUACAUCAUAAUGGUGAUUGUAUUCAGUCACGGGUCGCCGUAUCGACGAUCCGUGAUCACUAAUAAACAUUUAAUGAUCAGUGUGAUCAUUAUGACUGGACUUUGUUUGUAUAUAACUAUUGCGCCUCCUGAUUGGUUGGCUGAUUUCUUUGAACUGAAAAUGCCUAAAGAUAGGCUCCUUUCGUACAUAAUAAUUGCUUUGGCCUCCUUUAAUUUUGUGUUAUCAUUGUUCUUCGAACGAUUUAUAGUGGAAUAUUUGAUGGAAGGAAAACAGAUGAUUCCGAAGUUUUUGAAGGAGAGACGGGUGAGGAAGACUCCUCAUAUGAUGGUCAAAAGGCAGUUGACCGGCGUGGACUAUUUGACCUGUGAUAGUGUUGUUACAUUUGAUGAAGAUACUAAAAACAACAUGUUUGUAUCAGGCUCGGAAUGAAGUUUAAAAGAAUAAAAUUAUCUGUUGAAUUGUAAAAAUUGUCCAAUUACUUUAUAAAGUUUUACUGUUAAUUUGGAAACCAUUUAUAGGCAACUAAGCGUUUCUGACACCUGUCAAAUGUCAAUGUCAAUGUUAUUUGUGUUGUUUUAGAUUAAGAACUAAAAAAAUAAUAUUGACUAUUUAGUAGAUCCUCAAAAUUUAACUUGCCAACCGUACUAUAAUAUAUAUAGUAUUGUACUAUGUUUCGGGUCUGCGUAUUACUCGUAUAUACUGUUGAAGAAAUAUACAUGUAGUACGCAAAAAUGCUAUAUUUUCAACACUAACAUUCAAAAUUUUCAUUUUAAAACUUUAUGGACAUUGCCAUAUAAAAAAUAAAUAGCUUUUUCAUUAUAUUAUAAUUUCAGACAAGUUAUUAUUUUGAAAAAUAAAUGUAAUUUUUUGCUUAUUCCAUAAAUUACUAUAUUUUAUUAAUUAAGCGUACUAUAUUAUUUUAUAGCUAAAUUCGAAAAAGAGUUCCUAUAUUUUUCUGAAAAAAUGUUGGCAACCCUAGCCUUCGCCGAAUAAUCUCCUUCGUGUUUUCUUCAUCUACUCGUCACCGGCAAAAUAAAACAAGCCCAUUUGGCUUAAAUGAAAGCCAUAAAGAUUUGAAUUGAAUUGAACCUUAUUAACUGGUUAAUAACAUUGAAAAUUUAAUAAUUAUGCCAACUUACAAUAGACGUAUAGAAUUUAGGCGAAAAUUAAUUAACAAAUAUAAUAAAGACAUUGACAGGUGUCAGAAACGCAAUCUUUAAGCGACCGGACUUUACACCUAUAAGGCAACUUUAUGUAUUUCACCCCACUGAGUUUCUGAUAAAAAUUUAUUUAUCGAUUUUGAAAAUGAAUUAAAUCUCAAAAUUACGAAUUAUGAAUAUUUAUAUUUCUGUCUACGCACAAACUCGAAAACUCGACUACAACUAUAGAUUUUUUGACAUAUUUUUUUUUUCUUUUACUGAUCUUAUAUUUUUUAUUGCUUUCUUGGCAUAUUUACUGUAAUAUUAUUAAAUGUACGUAUUGUAUUAAUUAAAAUAAAUUUAUAAAGUUACCGUAAGUUGUAAAUUAUGUGUUUUUUGCAUUGCACAAUUUAUUUUUACUUAUACUGUAAGACAUUAUCAUAGCUGGACAUUGUCUAUUUAGAAUUUUAUGUCAAAACUGUCAUAAAAUACUUCGUCUAUUUAUAAGGAAAUUAAUUAAUUUAUUAGAAUUACUAUACUAAUAAGAUAAAUAUAUUAUCAUGUCUAACAUGUCUAAAUAUAAAGAAUAGUAGAAAUAUUUAUUAUAAGUGGAUUGUGAUAUGAAUAUGUAUGUGCCUUAUUAUUUGUUUAAUACAUUCCAAUGUAUUAUUUUGUGCUGUGUUUAUUAAAUAUAUAAUUUAUACCUAAAACAUAGGUUCAGUUAAGUCAAUAACCUGUCCUGGAUUUGUUCAUCUCAGGUCAUUUUAGGAGAUAUUAAUUCUACUAAUAUUAAAAACGCGAAAGUUUGUAUAGAAGUUUGUUUGGAUGUUUGUAUGGAUGUUUGUUUUGAUUUUAAUUUUUAACACGCAGACGAAGUCGCGGGCGUCCGCUAGCUUGUAAAUAAAUGAGUGAUUGAGUUUUUUAAGCAAUAAUUUGUCAAAAUUUUCAAUUAAUAAUAAAAAAUAUAAUUUUUAAAAUAUCAUUUGGUUACCUACUGCAUAUAUUUUAAUACUAGCGAACGCUCGCGACUUCGUCCGCGUGGAACUCAGUUUUUUACAAAUCCCACGGGAAUCAUGGAUUUUUUCGGGAUGAAAAGUAGUCUAUGUAUUAAUGCAGAGUGAAAUCUAUUUCCAUUCCAAUUUCAGCCAAAUCGUUUCAGUAGCGUUAAGGAGGAACAAACAUACACACACACAAACUAUCGCCUUUAUAAUAUAUGUGUGAUACACGUAAUAGAAUAUAUGGGGGAAAAAGCAUUAAGAUAUUUUAUACCUUUUUUUAUUUUAUUUAUACUUUAUUGCACAAAACAAAAACAAUAACAAAGAAAACAUAGAAAACAAGUAUGUGCAAAGGCGGUCUUAUUGCUUAUAGCAAUAUCUACCAGACAACCUUUGGAUAAAGGAAUUAAUGUAUUAUUAAUGUAAUAAAUAUACCUUGUUAGCUUUUGUAUUGUGGUUAGUUAUAAAAACCACUCGAGUAAAUACUACUUUUAGACUUAACUUCAUCAAGUGUUCGAAAUAAAUGUUAACGUGUUAUGGAUGGCGAAAUUUUAAAAUAAAGUUUUUUUAACCGACUUCAAAAAAAGGAGGAGGUUGUCAAUUUGACGCGUAUGUUUUUUUUAAUGUUUGAUAACUCGUAAUUGCGUCAUUUAUUAACCAAUUUUCAAAAUUCUUUUUGUUUGGAAGAGUCGCAUUUAAUUUCCAGAUUGGUCGCAUUUCAUUUUCAUGAAAAUAGAUUUAGUAAUUUUGUGUUAAAAUCACUGAAAUACGUCUUUGAAGUCGGUUCCAUUUUUAUGUUAAAAAGGUAAACAGAAAUAAAGUGAUUAAAAAAAAGCGAAAAACAGCUGCUAUUGUCACAAAAAUAUCUGAAAUCAUUUUCAAAAGUGUGUGUUUUAAAUUUUAGAAUGUGUUAAAUUUUGACACAAGAGUGCAAAAAAUACUAAGUAUAAAAUAUUGGUACAAAGUUACGUCAAUUAUAGUAUUGUAAUUAUAGUAUUUUAUAAGUUUAAAUGUAUAAUGCUUUUAUUAGUUUAUGUAAGAUACUAGAGAUAAGAAACAAUUUAGAGUUUAGAUAAAUGUAAGUUAGCGGGCAAAUAUGUUGUCAUUCUUAAUAUCUGACGUCAUCCGGACGAUAAGUUUUUUUUUAUUCUCCACAAGUUAGCCCUUGACUACAAUCUCACCUGAUGGUAAGUGAUGAUGCAGUCUAAGAUGGAAGCGGGCUAACUUGUUAGGAGGAGGAUGAAAAUCCACACUCCUUUCGGUUUCUACACGACAUCGUACCGGAACGCUAAAUCGCUUGGCGGUACGUCUUUGUCGGUAGGGUGGUAACUAGCCAAGGCCGAAGCCUCCCACCAGCCAGCCGGUUAUCGUAGUUAUUUUUUGACGACCUCCGUGGCGCAGUGGUAUGCGCGGUGGAUUUAUAAAACGGAGGUCCUGGGUUCGAUCCCCGGCUGGGUCGAUUGAGAUUUUCUUAAUUGGUCCAGGUCUGGCCAGACCUGGACCAAUUAAGAAAAUCUAGAAAAGAUAACCGGCUGGCUGGUGGGAGGCUUCGGCCGUGGCUAGUUACCACCCUACCGACAAAGACGUACCGCCAACCGAUUUAGCGUUUCGGUACGAUGUCGUUUAGAAACCGAGAGAGUGUGGAUUUCAUCCUCCUCCUAACAAGUUAACCCGCUUCCAUCUUAGAUUGCAUCAUCACUUACCAUCAGGUGAUAUUGUAGUCAAGGGCUAACU